GAAGAAGAAGAAGAAGAACUUCCUCCUGAAAAUUAGUUGGCAACACUGCUUCUGCAUAGACUGAAGAAGGAAUGACAAGACCAUCUUCGGUGGAGUCCUGAGUGCCGGUCUUCCAAAGAAGUGUCACUGCUUACAGACAACUUGAACAAUAUUGAGACACCUUUCCAAGCUUCGUUGGCCUAUUAAUAAAUGGUAACUUUAUGACAGUGUUAAUGCACUGUUGUCUGUCUACACCACAUAAUUGUGAGUCAGGUGACCGUAUGGACUCGGCGCAAAAAUGCUGCAACUCGGAGACGAAAUCGCCCUAUUCUCGGUGGUGUUCGUGGUCGUUCUCCUCGGAACCCGGAGCCCGAUAUGGUCCACCGCCCUCACCGCCUGCCUCUAUGCCUUUUUGAUCAUGUUCCGUUUUCCCCAAGUCCCGACCAGCCAGGCCAGACAGGUGCUUCGGCCCGCCAAGAACGCUGCUUCCGGUGGGGUGUCCCUGGUCGCUCACCGGGGUGGAGGGCAUGAUGCGCCGGAGAAUACCAUGGCUGCUAUCCGGGAGGUGAGUCAGGAAGUCGAGGAGAGAAGUAUUUGUUCAACAAGGAUUCGUGGUUCUUGAAAGCCACAAGAUUCUCUCUUGCUCGCUCUCCCCCUACCCAGCCUCCAGAUGAUUCUGUCAAACCUUCAGUUGGCAUAUAGUGGAGACCCAGUCAAGCACUACAUUGCUUCACUACAUGCCAUGUCCUUUUCCUUUUCUAACCCCGUCUCAUCUCCCUCUCCUCUCUCUCUCUUUCUCUCUGCAUCUCUAGGCCCAUAAGAACGGGGCGACAGGCGUAGAGCUGGACUUAGAGUUCACAUCAGAUGGAGUUCCUAUUCUGAUGCACGAUGAGACAGUAGACCGAACCACCAACGGGUCGGGACCCCUCACACAGCUGAGCUUCUCUGAGCUGAGUAAACUGGACGCUGCCGCUAAGCACCGGCUCAGGUGAGUGGAAAGAGAGGAAGAGAGAGCUGCAGUGAUACUGUAGGACACCUCCGGUCCUGGAGGUCGCAGUGUGUGCAUGUUUUUGUUCCCAACACUAAAACACAUAUUCAAAUAAAUAACUGAUCAUGGUUUAAAUUGAGUUCUGUGCUUAUUAGUUAGCUGGGACAAGGCCAAUGAUGACAUGGUAUGUGUUAUGUGGCCCCUACAGUGACAAGUUCCAGGGAGAGAAGGUCCCCACUCUGCAGGAGGCUGUGGAGGAAUGCAUCAAACUGCAGCUCACCAUCUACUUUGAUGUCAAAGGUCACCCAGAUGAGGUACAGCUAAUCAGAAGCCUCUGAUAAAGAUUUUUGUUAAUGUACACAGUUUCACUCUACUGAAUUCUUCUUGAUACUUCUCUUGUUUGCUGUUAAACAGUACACUUUUAGACCAGUCGUGGACUAGCUAGGCCCAUUGAAUGCCUGUUGUUUUAGUCAGUGGUCCACUUGAGUUCAAGAAACGGAGAAGUGAGAGCAGACAUCUAACUCAGUGGUUCCCAAACUAUUUCACUUGGGGAACAUCUUUUGCAGUUUUAAAGCUCAUUUUCUGCAAUUCUACACAUUUAGCCUUGUCUUAUGUGUGUUCAUGUGAUAUCUGAGUGACUCAAACGUUAACAAAAUCAAUGGGAUAAAAAACUAUUUCUGACAAGUUAUAAAUAGCUCUCUAAGGUCUGCAAUGACUGACAUGACAAGAGGAAAUCUGCUGAUGCACUACCCAAUUUCGAAAUUGCACUUUGUGCAUUCUACUAUUACAACUUUCAAGAGUAAGUUGAAAUCCCGACUGAGUUCCUUUUUUUGGGGGGGGGGGGGAUCUGCACCAACCCGCCGACCCCUUUGCACGCCCCACAGUUUGUGAACCACUGAUCUAACUGACCACCAACAGUUGCUGGCUCACCAGUGGGUCUGAGAGGAACACGUACACAACUAUACACACAGACUCUACAAACAUACAGAAAGUGUAUUAAUGACUGUUUCAUGUCUUCUCCUGUCCUCUGCCAGGCAGCGGCAGCCCUAAAGGAGAUGUAUCAGAAACACCCUGUCCUUUACAACACCAGCAUCGUCUGUUCCUUUGAGCCCAAAGUCAUCUACAGGGUAACCGUGGGCUGUUGGGGUGACAAGGGGAUACUAGUGGGCUGUCUGUCUAUAUGGGUACUGGGUUAGAUGUGUCUAUCUCUCUGUAUUUCCAUGAAAUGGCAGCCAUUUUUCAGCUUCACUAUGAAAAGAAAAUGAUAUUACAGAUAGACAUUUGAAAGGUCGACAUGAUAAACUCGUAGUAAAAUCCCUUCUCGCUCGCUCUCUCUUGCUCUCUCUCCAUUGACCCCUGACCCCAGAUGCGUCAGGCUGACCCGGAAGUGGUGACGGCGCUGACCCACCGGCCAUGGAGCCUGUGUCGGUUGGGUGACGGCACGCCGCGCUUCUCGUCGCUAUGGAAACACCACUGGAUGCAGGCGCUAGACGUGAUAGUGGACUGGGCCCACCACCACCUGCUCUGGAACCUCUGUGGCGUUUCCGCCUUCCUGGUGCAGAAGAACUUCAUAUCACCGUGAGUCACCUCUGGCUAUUCAGAGUCCAAAAUAGCUCCCGAUUCCUUAUAUAGUGCACUACAUUUCAAGUUUUAAUGUCACGUGCAGAAGUACAGUGAAAAGCACUUAUCCCAACAAUGCAGUUAUCAAUACCAAUGUAGAACAAAAACACACAAGAAAACUUGAAGUAAGAAGAUCAAGAGAACGUAAGUAAGCUAUACAGGGUCAGUUCCAAUACCAUACUUACAAUGUGCAGGGAUACUGGAUCGAUAGAGGUAGAUAUGUAUAGGGGUAAGGUGACUAGGCAUCAGGAUAUAUCAUAAACAGUGUAGCAGCAGUGUAUAUGAUGAUUAUGUGGGUGUGCGUGUAGAGUCAAUAUAAAUGUGUGUGUUGGAGUGUCAGUGUGAGUGAGUGUGUAGAGUCCUGUGAGUGUGCAUAAAGACAGUGCAAAAAAUAUAAAAAUACAAGGGUCAAUGCAGAUAGUCCGUGUAGCCAUUUUGUUAGCUAUUUAGCAGUCUUAUGGCUUGGGGAUAGAAGCUGUUCAGGAGCCUGUUGGUGUCAGACUUGAUGCACCGGUACAGCUUGGUGUCAGACUUGAUGCACCGGUACAGCUUGGUGUCAGACUUGAUGCACCGAUACAGCUUGGUGUCAGACUUGAUGCACCGGUACAGCUUGGUGUCAGACUUGAUGCACCGAUACAGCUUGGUGUCAGACUUGAUGCACCGGUACAGCUUGGUGUCAGACUUGAUGCACUGGUACAGCUUGCCAUGCGGAAGCAGAGAGAACAGUAUGGCUUGGGUGGCUGGAGUCUUUAAUGAUUUUCCGGGCCUUUCUUUUUUUUUAAUGUUUUUUUUUUUUUUACAAUAUAAAACAUUCACAUACAAACGACAUCAUCAAUGACAUCACACCUGCCCAGACCCACAUGCUCACACCCCCAUCUCCAGCGCCCGCAUCACUCUCCGCCACAUGGCCUCCAACUGCACCAUUUUGUUUCUCUCUGUCGCCCACGCAGAUAGCAAAGCGUUUGACCUUUCCAUUGUGUUAACGACAGAGGAUUGGUUGAUUUACAGUUUUUAAGUAUACGUUUUUUCAAGAUAAUUGACGAGGCCUUCCUUUCACACCGCCUGAUAUAAAGGCCCUGGAUGGCAGGGAGCUCGGCCCCAGUGAUGUACUGGGAUGUCCGCACCAGCCUCUGUAGCGCCACGUGAUCGACGGCGGUGCAGUUGCCAAACCAAGCAGUGAUGCAGCCAAUCAAGAUGCUCUCAAUGGUGCAGCUGUAUAACUUUUUGAGGAUUUGAGGGCCCAUGCCAAAUCUUUUCAACCUCCUGAGGGGGAAGAGGCGCUGUUGCGCCUUUUUCACGACUGUGUGUGUGGCCCAUUUUAAGGCCUUAGUGAUUUGGACACUGAGGAACUUGAAGCUCUCAACCCUUUCCUGUAGUCCACGAUCAGCUCCUUGGUCUUACUGACGUUGAGGUAGAGGUUGUUGUUCCAGCACCACACUGCCAGUUCACUGACCUCCUUCUUGUAGGCUUCAUCAUCGUCGCCGGUGAUCAGGCCUACCACCGUCGUGUCGUAAACAAACUAGAUGAUGGUGUUGGAGUCGUGCGCGGCCACACAGUCGUGGGUGAACAGGGAAUACAGGCGGGGACUGAACACAAGCAUUUGACCAGGGCCCAUAUGUCCAUUCCCUAUAUAGUGCACUACUUUAGACCUCUAUAUAAUGACAUGAUUCCGCUUUAAGUAGCGAUGUCUCCUCUGAUGAAACAAAAGGUUUGCUGCUCUAGCCCUUAUGUACUGCUGCUUUGUUGUUACUACACAUCGCCACGGUUACCCACAUCGUUAGUUGUUUGAAGUGUACACACCCUCAAUUGCUCGCGGAAAUGCCUCUAACUUCCUUCAUACUGGACACAGAGACAUACGAGUUCAUAGGGGUGUGUGUGUGUGCCCCGUAAUUGGGGAGGACAGGCACGUGGUAAUGGCUGGAGUGGAAAGGUAUCAACAACAUCAAACAUGUGGUUUCCAUGUGUUUGAUGCCAUUCCAUUCACUCCGUUCCAGCCAUUAUGAUGUACCGUCCUCCACUCAGCAGCCUCCACUGCAUGAGGUCAUCUGACUCUUGGGAAGUAGAUAAAGGACUAAAAUCACAAAGUAUACCUUUAUUAUGCAACAUCUCAUUUUACAUAACAUGUAUUGAUUUGAUUGAUCUGAUUGCCCAUUGAUUCCUUAUUGACUUUCUCUUCUCUCUUCCAUCUCCAGGGACUAUGUCCAGUACUGGGCCCAGAGAGGGGUUGAGGUGGUGGGCUGGACGGUCAACACAGCUGAGGAGAAACAAUACUACCAGGAGAUACUCAACGUCAGCUACAUCACUGACAGCCUACUGGAGGACUGUGAUCCUCACUACUGAACACAGUGGACGGACAUCACACACACAGAAACAUGCGCAAAACACACACACUGAAGCGAGUUAAAAGCCCAUAUUGGACAGGAGGACACAUACUGUUUAACCCUGUGUUACUUAACUUACUGUGUAUUGUAUCUUGUAUGCCCGAGACAUAAUACAAAUAUUCAGUCCAAUACAAAUAUUCCAUCCAAUACAAAUAUUCAGUCCAAUACAAUAGCCUUCAAAUGACAGGGAGACUUCAUUUAGUGAACAACAUGUCUCCAUGUACUGUAAUCACCAACUCAGGAGUGCACCUACUGCAGCCCACUGUACAGUUACAUUUUAGUCAUUUAGCAGA